AUGAUCGAUUCUGGAUACGCUAGGACUAUGGACAAAUCAGGCCAAGAGGACGAAUUUAUUGGAAAUGGAAUGCCAGAAAAAUUUGAUAAAAAUAAUGUAAAAGGGAAAAAACGUAAAAAGUGUUUACGUGACAAAGCAGCUCCAAGACUUCCUCAUUCUGGGUACAUAAGAUUUUUAAAUGAUAGACGUGAACAAUUUCGUUUUGAAAAUCCCAAUUUACCAUUUGCUGAAAUAACCAAAGUAUUAGCUACUGAAUGGAACCAGUUGCCAGCAGAUAAAAAACAACAAUAUCUUUUAGCAGCUGAACAAGAACGAGUAAAAUACAUUGAAGAAUUAGCAGCUUAUAAAAAGACUGAUGCUUACAGAAAUUUUAUUCAACGCAAAUUGAAAAAAAAAAAAGUUAAUACCUCUAUCCAAGAAGUACAAGAAUUAGAAAAAGAAAAACCAUUUAGUAAUAACAGUAAUACUGUUUAUGACAUACCUAUAUACACUGAAGAAUUCUUAAACUUCAAUAAAGCUAGAGAAAGUGAACUAAGGCAGCUCCGUAAAAGAGUAACAGAUCAAGAACAAGAAGUAUCUGUAUUAUACAAACAUAUUGGAAACAUGAAUAAUGGAAUUAUAAAAUUAAUGGCCAACACUAAAAAACUCAAAGCUGGAUGUUUAAAAUAUGAACAUUAUUUAAUUAAAUUACGAUCACUACUUCUAGAUGCUUUUGAUAACAUCGCAUUUCCAGAUAACAUUGAGCCACCUACCAAUGACACUAUUGACACAUAUAUAGUUAAUUUAGCAACUCAUCUAACAACGGGCACUGGUACUGAUCCUUCCUGGAUUGAAAAUGUAAAGAAAGUUAUUUCUAAUUUAGACUUUUCACAGUGUUAA